GUCCGCCGCAUGUUCAUGUUGUGGAUUUUCUGCACAGACGUUCGUGCUGCUGGUUUUAGUCUUAAUUUAUUGAAUAUUUACUUUAAUUGUUUUAAAGAUGCCGUCUUUUGUCCGAUAAUUGGAACAUCGCUGUUACACGUCACGUCAGUUUGUCGUUCAGAGGGUUGUAGGCAGACAUGAGGAACCUGAAGCUGCUGAAGAGCCUCCAGAGCUCAGACCUUCAGGGUCUGGGCUCCCCUCAGUGGGUCUGCGUCCGGGCCGACUCCGGCUCGCUCCUGGUCACCUCACAGUUCUCCAUCCUAGAGUUUGACCCCCGAUCCGGACAGGUCUUGGCCGAAGCCUCCCUGACUGCAGACGGGUUCCUCCCUGAGGACGGCGGCGGGACGGUGGUCGGGCUGCAGGACCUGGCUGAUCAGGAGUCCGCCUGUUUGGCCACGGCGACCGGAGACGUGCUCCUCUUCAACCUCAACACCUGCCAGCUGGAGUGCGUCGGCAGUGUCGACAGCGGCCUCACCGCCAUGAGGUGGAGUCCAGACGAGGAGCUGGUUCUUCUCACCACAGGUCAGGAAACCAUCAUCAUGAUGACCAAAGACUUUGAGCCGAUCACAGAGGUGGGAAUCCACCAGGACGACUUCGGUGAAGGGAAGUUCAUCACGGUGGGAUGGGGGAAGAAGGAGACGCAGUUCCACGGCUCGGAGGGGAAGCAGGCGGCGCAGAGGAAGAUCCAGGAGGUGGAGCCAGCGGUUCCCUGGGACGACCGCAGACCGCGAGUCACGUGGCGAGGAGACGGUCAGCUCUUCGCCGUCAGUGCCGUCUGUCCUCGGACCGGAGCCAGGAAGGUCCGGGUCUGGAACCGGGAGGGGGUCCUGCAGGCCACCAGCGAGCCCAUCAACGGGCUGGAGCAGGCGCUGUGCUGGAAGCCGUCCGGCAGCCUCCUCGCCAGCUCGCAGCGCCAGCCUAACAAGCACAGCGUGGUGUUCCUGGAGAAGAACGGACUCCUGCACGGAGACUUCACUCUGCCUUUCGCCAAAGACCAAGCUAAGGUGAAGGAGCUGCUGUGGAACGCCGAUUCCUCUGUCCUCGCCGUCUGGUUGGAGGACGUAACCGCCGAGGGCGCCGGCGGCAGCAGCUACAUCCAGCUCUGGACGGUGGGGAAUUACCACUGGUACCUGAAGCAGAGCCUGGACUUCGGCGCUGACCCACAGAGAGCUCCGGUCUCUGUGUGCUGGGAUCCAGAGCGCCCCCUACGGCUCCACGUGGUGACGUGCAGCUGGACUUGUAUUACCUACGACUGGAGCUGGACGACCGAUCAGAGCGCCGGACCGGACGCCGCCGACAACGCCAGCGUGGCCGUGAUCGACGGAGAUAAAAUCUUGGUGACGACCUUCAGGCAGACUGUAGUCCCGCCCCCCAUGAGUUCAUUCCAGCUCCAAUCAGUGUCCAACAUCAACCAGGUGACCUUCCUGUGUCGACCUGGAGGGUCCAAUCAGCUGGCGGCGCUCACCUCUGACGGACAGGUCUGCCUCUACACCCCAGAUUCUGAUUCAGGUGAAGCAGCAGGAUCUGCAGACGGCUUCAGGACGGCGUCCCGUCCUCUCGUACUGCACAGAACCUUCAGAGUGGCGGUCUCUCAGCCCGCCCCCCUGGCGCUGCGGCAGCUGCUGUGGCUGCAGGAUGAGCUGUUUGUGUCCGUCACCUGCGGUCUGCUGCCAGGCUCCUCCUCCUUGUUGAUGCUGCGCCCCGAUGGAGACGCUCUGGUGGUCAGGGCGCGUGUGGAGGUGGACGGCGUGGUGGUCGGCGUCACUCACCGCUCUCAGACGGGAACGGUGGCUCUGCAGCUGGAGGACGGACGGAUCCGGAGGCUCCUCUGGGAAGGAGCGGAGCUGUCGGUGGAGGAGUGGCGUGACUCCAGCGGUUGCAGCAUCAACUUCCCGGUUUCCUGCGCUCAGACGGCUCUGUGCUCCAUCCGUGGAGAGGAACACCUGCUCGGCCUCUCGGACAGAUCUCACCUGUACGCCGGGGACACGGAGCUGGCCUCCAACGUGUCCUCCUUCGCCGUCUGCAACGACUUCCUGCUCCUCACCACGCACUCGCACAGCUGCCGCUGUCUGCAUCUGAGCGCGCUCACGCUCAAAGGGCUGCAGGCGGCUCUGGCCUCGGACGGAGAUCAGAACGAUGAGACGUUCAGGCGAGUGGAGCGAGGAUCCAGGAUCGUCACCGUGGUUCCUCAGGACACCAGAGUCAUCCUGCAGAUGCCUCGGGGGAACCUGGAGUGUAUCCACCACAGAGCUCUGGUUCUGGCUCAGAUCAGGAAGUGGCUGGACGGCUUAAGGUUCAGAGAGGCCUUCGAGUGCAUGAGGAAGCUGCGGAUCAACCUGAACCUCAUGUAUGAUCAUAAUCCACCGGUUUUCCUGGAGAACGUGGAGACCUUCAUCACCCAGCUGGACUCCAUCAACCACAUCAACCUGUUUCUCACUGAGCUGAAAGAGGAAGACACGACCAGCAGCAUGUACCCGCCCCCUGAGGGCGGCCCGGUCCGGACCCGCAGUGAGUCUGGACCCCAGAAGGUGGAUGUGGUUUGUGGAGCUUUACUGAAGGCCAUGGAGUCGAUGGAUCCACAGAAGUUCUGUCUGUCCAUUCUGACCGCGCACGUGAAGAAGAGCGUCCCCGAGCUGGAGGUGGCUCUGCAGAAGGUCCACGAGCUGCGAGUGAACCCUCCUGAAGCUCCGGGCGCCGUCGGCGCUGAAGAGGCUCUGAAGUACCUCCUCUUCCUGGUCAACGUCAACGACCUGUACGAACACUCUCUGGGAACGUACGACUUCGAUCUGGUUCUGAUGGUGGCAGAGAAAUCUCAGAAGGACCCUAAGGAGUACCUCCCGUUCCUGAACAACCUGAAGAGCCUGGAGCCAAACUACCAGCGCUACACCAUCGACAGACACCUGAAGCGCUACAGGAAGGCCUUGCUUCACCUCAGCAAGUGCGGAGACGAGCACUUCCCUGAAGUGCUGCAGCUGGUGACGGAGCAGCAGCUCUACGCUGAAGCUCUGCGUCUGUUCGCCGCCCACAGUCCUCAGUAUAAGGCUCUGAGCGGCGCGUACGCCGAGCACCUGGUGGAGCAGCAGCAGGCGGAGCAGGCCGGCCUGUUGCUAUGGCGAUGCGGGGAGCCGGUCAGAGCCCUGCAGGCGUUCACCAGCAGCUCCAGCUGGAGGAACGCCAUCUGUGUGGCCCAGGAGCUGGCACUGCCGCCCGACCAGCUGGCUCUGCUGGCCAGGGACCUGGCAGAGAAGCUGACGGAGCAGAGGCGCUACUCAGAAGCUGCUCUGCUGCUGGACCAGUACGCCAAAGACUGCGAGGAGGCCAUCCUGGCUCUGAUCACCGGAGCGGCGUGGGAGGAGGCGCUCAGGCUGGUUCACAUGCACGACAGGCAGGACAUCACCGAGACCAACCUGAAGCCGGUGCUGCUGGAAGCGUUCAGCUCUCAGACGGCGUUUCUGGAGACGCAGACGGCGACCUUCACGCGCCACAGGAGCCGGCUGGCCGUCGUCCGCGAGCUGAAGGAGAAGGCCCGGCUGGACAUGCUCGAUGAAGACGGUCCAGACUGUCCAGAAGCAGAGCUGUACUCUGAAGCCAGCAGUGUGAUGACGGCCUCCAAAUACUCGCAGAGCAACUCCCGCAUUUCCUCGAGGUCGUCAAAGAACCGCCGCAAAGCGGAAAGGAAGAAGCUGAGUCUGAAGGAAGGAAGCCCGAUGGAGGACAGGGCGCUGAUGUACGCCCUGAGCGAGAUCUUCACCACCGUGGACAAGAUGAGGGAGGAGGUCCACAGCCUCCUGAAGGCACUGGUUCUCUUCCACUUUGACAAACAGGCCCAGAAGCUGCAGCUGGCCUUCAGUGAAGCUCUGCAGAUGAUGGAGGGGGCGGUUCCGGAGGUGUGGCCUGAGGGCGGGCCGACCAGCCAAACCCCGAUCACUGGACCGAACUCCACCGCCAACAGCAUCACAGCCUCCCUCCAGCAGCAGAAGCCCUCGGCGUCGCUGCCAGAUCCUGAAGUUCCUGCAGCGCCGAAGAUGAGAAACGGAGUCAAGUGGAAGCUGGCAGUUCUAAGCUAACUCGUUUUUUAAAGCAGAAUUCUGAAAAAUGUAAUAAAGUUUUGUUUUGAAUAUCGA